AUGAUUGGUCAGUUAAUCUUUGCUAUAAUAAUGUCCGUCACAUUAAUAUUGACCAUUGCUGCAUUUGUUACACCUGGUUGGAGGUCAUUUUCGGUGGUAAAAGGUAAUGAAAGCGAAGCGGCGAAAUAUUCAAUGCCAGAAGCAAUGGGACUACUUUGGUGUACUUCACCUAUAUCUGAAAACAAUCUAACGAUUGAUUAUUGUCAUCUAUGGCAAAAUAAUAAGCCAAAAUGUGAUGAUAAUGUUGCAAAAUUAAUGAUUGCAACAUUAGCUUUAGAAAUUGGCUCAUUAAUUUGGGUAACUGUGACAUUUUGUGCUUGUUGUUGCCGAGAAUUUUGGAUUUUCCUUCUACCAUUAAUAGCAUUUUGGGUCACAAUAACAUUAGCUAUUGCAAUGUUCAUAUAUACCGGCAAUAAUAAAACUGCUUUCGAUAUAUUGGAUGGAAGCAAAGAAGCUGCAUCAGAAGCUUAUCAUAUUAAUUUCUUUUACAGCUAUUAUAUAGCCUGGGCUGCUUUAUUCUUAGCCGUCGUUAGCAUUUUCGUUGGUAUUUUCGCUAAGAAACUUGCUCAGAUUUGUUGCUAA